AUGAUCGUAGUGGUCGCUUUUACAGCCCCCGCAAUCAUGAAGGACGGGACGGUGAACGACGAAAUCGUUACAACGACCGUCGUGAUGAUGAAAGAGACGAAAGGCCGCGUGAUCGGGAGCCACGCGAUCGAGGCGACUCAUACAGAGGUGGAGAUCGCCGAGGAAGUCGAGACCACGGCGAUCGGCGAGGAAGUCGUGACCAUGGCGAUCGACGUGGAAGUCGCGACCACGGUGACCGACGAGAUAAUCGACGCGGUUAUGACGAUUACGACAACAAUCGUCGAGGCGAUCGACCACGCCAGCGGGACUUUGACGAUGAUCGCGCGGAUCGGCGACCACGAUACGAUCGGCCACGAGACGACCGUCGACGGCGAGAUGACGACGAUCGCAGCGAUCGCAGAAGCAGUCGACGUGGCUCUCGAGGAUCGCCCAAAGCGAAUCCAGUACAUCCCGCCAAGCCUGUCUUCUGACAAGGAUGUAGAGAACUCGCAUUUCUCUCAAAAAGGCAAGAACUUUGGCAAAUACGUUGACACUGAAGUCAGCUGCACUGGCCCUGGCUCUGAAAAUGUCAACUUUAUCCAGGAUUUCAAGAAGAGUGAGCUCAAUGGCACCCUUCUUACGCGUCUGAAGAACUUGGACUUUCAGACCCCUACCCCAGUCCAGAGAGCUUCAAUCCCGGCCAUUAUGUUGAACCGAGAUAUCAUGGCGUGUGCCCAGACCGGUUCAGGCAAGACCGCUGCCUAUCUCUUGCCCAUCCUGGACGAUUUGAUGAACCAGAAAAUCAAGGCCGAGUCUGCUGACCGCCAAUUCCCACAAGUUCUGAUUGUCACUCCAACGCGUGAGCUUGCCAUCCAAAUCUACGAGCAAUGCCGCAUGUUCGCCAAGAACACAGGGCUCAUGGCCCAGUGCCUUUAUGGAGGAACUGAUGUUCGCUUUGUUCGUUCGAAAAUAAGCGAUAACGGGUGUAACAUCCUGAUUGGAACGCCCGGACGAAUCAAUGAUUUCUUGGAAAGAGAUUACCUUGGCCUCAACCGAAUCCAGUACUUCGUGCUUGAUGAGGCCGACAGAAUGCUGGACAUGGGUUUUGGACCCAUCAUGAAGCUCCUCGCUACGGGAUAUCGAAUGCCCCGUCCUGGAAAACGCCAGACUCUUAUGUUUUCCGCCACCUUCCCUCAAACGAUUCAGCAGUUCGCCGCCGACUUUAUGGACUCAGAAUACUUGUUCAUCAAAGUGGGUGUUGUCGGCGGCGCUUGCGCCGAUGUUUCUCAAGAAGUGAUUCUCAUCGGAACCGAGGAAUCGAAAAAAUCGGGCAAACUCGAAGAACUUAUCAAGGAAGUUGCCAAUUCCCGCCAGCGAACUCUUGUUUUCGUUGAGACGAAAGUAAAGGCCGAUUUCAUCGCCUGCAUGCUCUCGCAGACCAACGUACCCACCACCAGCAUCCAUGGAGGCCGCCUGCAGCCUGAACGAGAAGCAGCUCUCUCAGAUUUCCGCUCUGGAGCGUGCCCGAUUCUCGUUGCGACUUCUGUUGCUGCCCGUGGACUCGACAUCCCAGAAGUAGAGCACGUUAUAAACUACGAGCUCCCUCGUGAAAUCGAGGAAUAUGUUCAUCGCAUUGGCCGAACUGGUCGAUGCGGAAAUUUAGGAAAGUCCACUUCUUUCUACGACUCUGAAAGAGACUGCCACAUUGCUGGAGCCCUUGUUAAAGUACUUGGCGACGCGACUCAGCCUGUUCCAGAUUGGCUUGUGGAAGAGUCCGAGCGCGCGAAGUCAUCUACUGACUCUUACCGGAAUCGGCAAUUUAACGAUUCCAACGACCUCCGCCAGAAUCCCGGCUACGUCAAGCCUCCCCGACGAGAGUAUCCCGACGAAAACGAGAACGACGUACGCCAAUCUGAAAAGCGCGACCGAACGUACGAGCGACGAGACGACUACGACCGCCGGGAGCGUAGACCAGAUCGUCGCGAGCGGGGACCAGACAAUCGAGAUCGUCGCGACGGAGGAGCAGGAAGUCGAGAUCGUCGCGACGGAGGAGCAGGAAGUCGAGACCGUCGCGAUCGAAGAAUGGAUGGUCCUGAUCGAUUCGAAAGGGCCCCAAAGGACGACCGUUCUCCGCCGAAUACAGAACGCAGUGAACGCCAGCCAAGCCGACCUGCUAGCGAUGCCUCUCCGCCAACAAGAAGCCCCGAGGCUGCUGCGAAGCCCGAGAGAAAGGCUCGCCCUGAACGCGCUGUUCCCUCCGCGGAUGUGAAGAAAGAGGAUUCAGAUGACGAGUGGGGAGCCUAG